CGCUCACAGUUAUGGCGGUGUCAGGGAGUCGCAAGGAUGGAGUACAAUCCACAUCUUGAUAUCUGCUUUUCUCGUUGACUCAGGAACGUGUUACCACUUUUCCUUGAUUGUUACAUACUACUCCGUAUUAUUCGUGCAACGAUGGCGGGCCGAGGCGUGGAUAUGUCAGCACUACCAAAAGAGGUCAGGGACCAAUUGGCGGAGUUGGAUUUGGAGCUGUCUGAAGGUGAUAUCACUCAGAAGGGAUAUGAGAAGAAAAAGACUAAACUUCUGCUUCCCUUCUUCAUGCAAACACCAGUAGAACCUCCCCCCCCUGCCUAUGACCAGCAUGCUCCUGGUCCUAGCAACGCCUCUGGCUCCACCCAUGUCAGCGCUCACACACAGGCUCCUCCCCCCAGCUCCUCUUCUCGCUACCAUGAUCGGCGCUCCCGACGACCGCACCGCAGCGGAGGGACCAGGGAUGACCGCUACCGAUCAGAUAUCCACACAGAGACGGUGCAGGCUGCAUUGGCCAAACACAAGGAGGAGAAGAUGGCACUGCCCAUGCCCACCAAACGCCGCUCCACCUACGUCCAGUCGCCCGUCAUCAACUGUACCCCACCAGACUCGUCGUCAGGUUCAGAGAAUGAGGGUGCUCUGCUGAGGCAGUCGUCAGUGGGAGCCGAUUUGGAGGCUCUGGACACUCCCUCUCUGCUGCAGCCCCCCAGUCUGCAGAGCCCUGACUCCUGGAUCAACCACUCUGUCCAAAGCUCGUCCACCUCCUCCUCUGCCUCCUCCACCCUUGUCCCAUGGAGAAGGGCAAGCCCCAGCCUCAACCAUCCCAGCCCCAAGCCCAGCCCCAGUACAAGCCCCAGUACAAGCCCAGUACAAGCCCCAGUAUCAGCCCCAAUAUCAGCCGCAUAGCUACCAAGCCACAACUACAGCCACAGCAUC